GACGAUGACGAUGACGACGACGACGACGACGGCAACGGCGACGGCGACGGCGGUGACGAUGACGAUGACGACGACGACGGCGACGGCGACGGCGGCGACGCUGCCGCAACCGUUGUCGUGGUCGUUCACUAUUCUCACUAUCACUGACGACGACAACGACGACGACGAUGACGACAUCGCCGUCGCCGCUGCCGUGGUCGUCCAUUAUUAUCACUAUCACUGGCGACGUCGCUGUCGCCGCUGCCGUGGUCGUCCACUAUUAUCACUAUCACUGACAAUGACGACGGUGACGACGUCGCCAUUGCCGCUGCCGCUACUGUUGUCAUAGUCGUUCACUAGCUAUUAUCACCAACACUAACGACGACGACGACGGCGACGAGGACGACGUUGCCGUUACCGUUGUCGUAGUCGUCCACUAUUCUUAUUAUCACUGA